AAAAGAAACACCAGUCAUUAAUUUCAAGGUAGAUUUUUAGUGUGGUCUUUAAUCUUUAUAUAAUUGGGUGAUAUUUUAUUUUCCGUAAAUGCUACAGUCACUCCAUUCCUACAAUUUUCUUUUCUCCCACGCUAAAAUGUUCAACUUCUUUUAUGGCUUGUGGUCUUCUUGGUGGGAUUGUAGCAGGGAAAGAGAGAAUUUUUUUCUCACUCUAUCGGUGCCGGCAAUUUUAAUUUUAUGGUUCUUGUGGAAUGUCAGGAAAUCAAAGAAGGCGAUUCCUCCAUUGCCGCCGGGUCCUCGUGGCUUGCCAGUAGCUGGUUACCUUCCAUUUCUUAGCACUGAGCUUCACAAGAAAUUCACAGAAUUAGCUGGGGUCUAUGGCCCAAUCUAUAAGCUUUGGCUGGGGAAGAAAUUAUGUGUAGUGGUGAGCUCACAAUCAGCAGCCAAAGAAAUUCUUCGCGACCAAGAUGCAACAUUUGGCAACCGUGAUGCCCCCAUUGUCGGACGGAUCAUCUCAUAUGGUGGAUCUGAUAUUGCCUGAUCCUCCAUGGGUCCUGCCUGGAAAAAGAUGCGCAAGGUAUUUGUACGUGAACUCUUAAGCAAUUCAAACCUUGAGACCCUUUCGGCUCUAAGAAAACAAGAGGUUAAGAGAACAAUUAGGAAUACAUAUAACAACACAGGCAAGCCCAUAGAUAUUGGUGAAACAGCAUUUUUAACGAUCACAAAAUCAAUCAUGAACAUGUUGUGGGGUGGCAUACUUGAAGGAGAGGACACCCAUAAUGUUGGAAAAGAAUUCAGAAAUUUAAUGGCCCAACUCAUGGUGCUGUUGGGAAAGCCAAAUAUUUCCGAUCUCUUCCCAGUGCUUGCAGCAUUGGAUUUGCAAGGCAUGCAGAAGCAAACAAGGAAGAUCUUGCAAAGUUUCGACAAUUUUAUCAAUCCUAUAAUAGAGAGCGGUCAAAAAUUGUUUGAAGCCAACAAAGUCAGCACUACUGUAGAAAAGAAUAACCAAAGGAAGGACUUAUUGAUGCUUCUUUUGGAGCUUAAGGAGCAUCAUGAGAAUACGGAAACAUCAUUUAGCAUGAAUGACCUCAAGGGUUUGCUCAUGGAUACAGUGCUUGGCGGAAUAGACACAACGUCAACAAUGGUAGAAUGGGUAAUUGCAGAGUUGAUGCAAAAUCAAGAGGUGAUGGAAAAGGUCCACCAAGAAUUAGAUGAAGUAGUGGGGUUGAAUAACUGUGUGGAAGAAUUCUACUUGCCCAGACUAUGUUAUUUGGAUGCUGUGGUUAAGGAAACAUUUCGGUUGCAUCCAGCGCUUCCUCUGUUAGUACCCCAUUGUCCAAGCCAAUCAUGCACAAUAGGUGGAUAUACCAUUCCCAAGGGCACUGCAGUUUUUCUGAAUGUUUAUGCGAUUCACAGGGAUCCCAAUCUUUGGGACAAUCCCCUGGAAUUUAGACCCGAUAGGUAUCUGAAUAACCACACCACCAAAUUUGAUUACUCAGGCAACAAUAUCCAGUUUCUUCCAUUUGGAUCAGGAAGACGAAUUUGCGCGGGGCUGCCUCUAGCAGAGAAGAUGCUGAUGUAUCAAUUGGCUUCAUUUUUGCACGCAUUUGAGUGGAAGUUGCCAAAUGACACGAAGCCAGAAUUAUCUGACAAGUAUGGGAUUGUUGUGAAGGUACUGAAACCUGUUGUUGUUAUACCAACACCCAGGCUAUCUAACUUAGACCUCUACUAGCUGGAAGACUACACGGUAUGCAUAUGCAUUGCCUUUUGAUAAAAUUGUAACAGCAUAAGUUCAACAAGAAGCCAUUAUCUUUGUAACAAGCAUAGCUAUUAUCUAUUAAAUUAAAAAUAUAUAAUAAAAUAUGUUUUAUAUAAAUUGUAUUCUAAUUAUUUAAGAGAGUAGACAUAUUUCAUUAUAUGUAAUUGCGCAUUUCAGUAAUACAGUAAUGAUGAUGAUGAAGAUGGCAAGUUGUGUUUC